GCGCCAAGAUGGCGUAGUGAUAAGGCGUUUUUCUUGAGUGGAGGUACGGCAACGUGUUUUCUUGCAAAAAUUAUGUAUGUAGUGCAUAUUUUCCCCCAAUUAUAAAUUGAAUAAUUUAUGGAUUCGUUACAAUAACCUAGAAAGACGAUUUGAACAUACAAAACAGAACUUUAUCGCUGUCGUCGAACAAUUCUGAAAAGUUAGCUUGCAAAAGGUCUGCUAGCAAAAUGUCGGUCAAAAAGCAGAUGUCUGCGCUGGAAGGGAUGGAAGUGGACCACGCUAAAGAAAAGCGAAAAAUUGAGGAAACUCAUUCAUACGCCUGUAAAGUUGGAGGAAGAUGUGAAUCUUCUCCUAGUACACCAAGUAAGACCCCUGCACCGAAAAAAACAAAAAAUGUCGACCCAGCCGCGGCUUCAGAGCCAAGCUUAAUGGAAGUCCAGAACAACAUUAUUCAGAUUCUUUCAGAAAAAAUCAAUAACCGAGCUGACCACCUGGAAAUAAUGAUAAAGAAUAACUCCAAAGAAAUUGAGAGCAUCUGCGAAAGUUUAAACUCCAUUCAUUCUGAUGUCAUGGGUCUGAAAAAUGAAAAUGAAAGUCUUAAAAAAGAAAAUAUGGAAAUGAAGAAAAAAGCUGCACAACUGGAACAGCGGAUGAACGACCAGGAACGAUACAGCCGUAGGUGGUGCCUGCGACUUCAUGGGGUGGCUGAAAACUCCUCGGAAAAGGUGAAAGAGAGAGUGAAGGAGAUCUGCAGAGCUGUGGUCCCAGAGGAGCAGAGGAACGAAGUGACUGCGGCGGUGGACAUCGUACACCGACUCGGCCGACUCAGAGCCGCGGAGGAUCAGCGGGGGAAUCCACGGCCGAUCAUCAUCAGAUUUAUUUCAAGAACGGCGAGGGAUCUCAUUUGGAAACACGCCAGGCAGAGUCCCUUUCUGCAAACUCGAGGCUUACACUUCAAGGAGGAUCUCACAGCCGAUGGCAGAGAAAUACGUCCAACUUAGAUGUACUCUAUAACAGGUAGUUCGUUUUGAAAAUGUUUACAUUUUGUUUAUAAAGUUUUUCAGCUUUAUCUUUUGUCGUGAUAAAGAAAAGCUUUACGGGGACUUUAGAGUUUGAUAAAUAAUUCCAAAGUGUAAUAUGUCUAUUUAACCCAAAUGUGAAAGUAGGAUGGUUUAUGCAAAAGUUCAAUUUAGUUAUGCAAGAGACCUGUUGCCUAUAGAAAACACUAAAGUUAAACAAGUACUUUUGUCUUUUUUUUCUGGAUGUCUCUUUAUGUUUGUUCUGUCAAUGCCAGAGGUUUAAGAGAUUUACUUAGAAGGAAAGCUUUUUUUUUGUACUGCAGAGCUAAAAAUGCAGAUUUUUAUUUUACUCAAGAAACUCAUGCAUGUGCAGCAGAUGAAUCUUUUUGGAAGAACCAAUGGGGGAGUGAAAUAUGGUUUUCGAAUGGAGAUAAUCGAUCAGCAGGCGUGGCUAUUUUAAAAGGAAACUU